AUGCCUUCCGAUUCUGAAGGAGGAUUCACCCGUGAUCAACAUCUCCAGACUGUGUUCCGGGUAUCCGUACCGAAGAAAAAGCAGCCAUCUGUGUAUCAUCGGCGAAGAACACAUCAGAAAUCUCGAACAGGCUGCCUAGUCUGUAAAAAGAGGAGAAUCAAGGUAUGGGCCAAGCAAAUAACUGAAGUCCUGGACAGUGCGAUGAACAAAAGCCAUAUUGUCAGAGAUGUCAGACCCGGGGUAUUCCAUGCUGCUACUCCUCGGAAUUAG